AUGCCCUCUGCGCUGACCAAGAUCCGACACUCGUGGACGAGGGUGAAGUCACCUUCGACGCCGACCACCAAGGAAUCCCGCGUCUCCUCCGACUCCUCCUCCAGCACAGCGCCGGCGCUCGCCUCCAGCGCCACUACCCAGAUGCUCGCGCCCGCGACGACGGCGCCGAGCAACCCCCUCCAGCAAGCAGACGAGGUGCAGCACCAACCGCUCCGCGGUCGAGUCUUCGCCGUCACCGGCGGCGCCAGCGGCAUCGGCCUCGCGACGGCCAAGAUGCUCGCUCGCCGCGGCGCCGUCGUGUGCGUGGCCGAUGUCGACCCGGAGGCCCUCAAGACCGCGGCCGCGUGGUUCCAAGAGAGCCACCAGCAGUGUGACUUUGAGCGCGUGGACGUGUCGAAGCGCGCGCAGGUGGACGCGUGGAUCGCGGGCGUGGUGGCGCGCCACGGCCGGCUCGACGGCGCCGCCAACGUGGCCGGCGUCAUCGGCCGGUGCCACGGCGUCGCGACGGUGGCGGAGCUGGAGGACGAGGACUGGGACAGCAUCAUCGGGGUGAACCUGACGGGGACCAUGUACUGCAUGCGCGCGCAGCUGCGGAGCGUGGAGCGCGGGGGGUCCAUCGUCAACGUGUCGUCCAUCCACGGACUCAAAGGCUUCGCGAGGCACGCGGCGUACGACGCGAGCAAGCACGGCAUCGUGGGGCUGACGCGGGCGGCGGCGCUGGAGAACGGCGACCGCGAGGUGAGGGUCAACAGCGUGGCGCCGGGGGCGGUGUACACGCCGCUGAUGCAGAAGAACUGGGAGUGCAGCGGGAGGCCGGCGGACGCGCCGUUUGACGAGCCGACGGCGUUUCGGCGGCAGGGCACGGCGGAGGAGACGGCGAGUGUGAUUUGCUUCCUGCUCGGGCCGGAGAGUUCGUUUUGCAACGGCGACGGCUCGAACCCAUGCGAAGCCUGCCUCGAUAGGGACGCCGACUGCGUCUAUCUCGUCCCUUCCCGCGUCUCCAAGGCCGACCUGCGCGACGAGGUGGCAAGGCUGCAGUCCGCCUCGUGCGACAACGAAGCCAUCCUCGACACAAUAGCCUCCAAGGACACGAGUCCCGCCCAGCUGGACAACAUAUUGCGCCGACUCUCUGGCGGCCAGCCGCGCGCUCAGGUCGCAUCGCUCGUAUCCAACUGGCCGGUCGCCCCGAGUCGUCUCGGAACAGGCUUUGCUUCUCUCGUCCCUGCAGACUCGUCAUGGGAAACGCCCUCGUCCCUUGCUGCGGCCACGCCGCCAUCCGAUGCCCUGCCCACGGAGCUGGUAAGCUCGCAGUCCUCGACGAGCCCUCCAGGUCUUUCCGGCCGCGGGCCCUCGCCCAACCUCGCACCCCCCCAAGAUCCUGCCAAGGCGACCGAGUUCCGUGCCAACCUCGGCCACUGUCGCUCCCAGCUGCCCCAGCUGCUCAGCACCAUCCUCGCCCGAGACUGCCUCUUGUUCUGCCCGAUCAGCGAGCCUGACCUGAAGCGCGACUUUGCCCGCGACUCUGCCACACACUGCUCCGCCGCUCUCGUCGACUCGCUCCUCGCCCUGGGUACUCUUGCCGCCAAGGACCAUGCGCACCUCGCCACGGCCCUCGCCGCACCCGGCACUGCCAUUGAUCCAGACAGCCUGGCGCAAGCCUUUGCCCACGAGGCCAUGUUCGCCCUCGACAACGGCACAGGCCGCCCCCGACGCACCGCAGAUAUUCAAGCGCUUGGCGUUCUCUCGCUCUACUAUGUCAGCUGCUAUCGGCUGAAGCAGGCGACAGAGUUCGCUGGUGACUUUUACGUCGCGAUAGCCGAGCUCUGGCGUGCCGACAGGUCAAGCGAGACGCAUGCUAGUAGCCGCCUAGAUAAAAUAGAACACGCAGGCCUCUAUUGUGCUGCCGUCUCGUUAACUCGAGUUCUCUUCCUCAUUUUGGACUACCACAAAACCUUGGACGCCUAUGCAAGGAGCGUUGGCAUCACUCCUAUCCAGGCUGUCCAAGAUCCUGAGAUGCCUGCUGUCCCGUGGCAGGUCGGGGUAUCGGACACGCCAAUCAUUCAUUAG